UGUUUCUGCCCGUAGUGUGACGGCUGCGGCGCCUUGUCCAAUUGGCGUAUAAUCCAUGCGUUCUCGCUUGAGAGCCCGGUCCGACACUUGGGGCACUGUGCGAACGCUUCCCGCUCGCAUAUCUAUCCCAGCCAACCCGGACAAGGGGCUUGUGCACCAUCGUCAACAACCGCCCUGCGACUCUUCAUGUCUAACUGCACUGGCUCGAGAUUAAUCAACGCCUGACCUCUCUGCAUGCACCACGGCAGCACGCCCGCGUUGAGUGUCGGCGGUUGCCGCAAGCCCUAUCUUGCACUUUCAAUGGCCUGCUCGCGUGACCCGCAGCAGAGCAGGGAGGUAUGUAUUGCGACAUGCGAGAUGCAAUUCUAGCAGCCCGCGGUAUCAUGCAAGAUGCAGUCUGGGGGGCUGCCGAGUACCAAACACGAAAUCCGGCCGGGUUCGCAUGCAGCUAUCCUAGCGGUGGAUUAUCCAGACAGCAUUACGAGCACCGAACUCCUCUCCAACUCACGUCCUUGCGUCUCCGGAGUACCGCGACAAUAUCAUCGACACUAGCCCUCCAAGCCCCGAUUUUGAGCUGCCCGCCCCAAACGGGUGUUGCGCCAUGGGUCUGCCAAGACGUAAUAUCAAGUCAUGCUCGCAAAUUUACUUAUUCUAGUUUCCGGUAUAGUGCUAAUAUCUUACGUAUUCCGUAUCUUCGCCCUCCUCGUAAAACGUUGGACGAAACGGACCGAGUACGGCCGACCUGCGCACGAGUCGGAUACCAAAGAGGGCCCAGACGCCGUUGUAUCGUACCAACAACAGCCUCCAAGGAUUCGCUCAUCCGUUCGAAUCUGCCUUCGUACAUUAAAUGGCCUCUGCAGACGUUGAGCCAGCUUCGCCGCGUGUAACCUCAUCGCAUGACCACCAACGCGCAUCUCGAUUGCAGCUCCUUGGGGUUUCAAUUGCCAGAUUUCAAAUUACAGCAGCUCCUCGCCGGAAAAGGCGCUUCCGGUGUGCAGCCUUACGCCUCGGUGGCGUGUGG